AUGACUGGUAUAAAUAUGCCAAAAUUUUCUUCUCAACAUCAUUAUUUUACACUUUGAGCAAGCUAAAAUUAUGGAUUUAUCAGCCAGCAAUGAUGCAUUUAGGAAAUGUGAAUGAAUCGACAGUAUCGACAAGGUCAAUUUUAAAUGUUGGCUGAAUUGGAAUACAUGAUUUGACCGAAUUAAGAAAUCGCCAACAACGGAACAAGCGAUCAUAAAAAAAAAAAAAGCAGAAAAUAAAUACAUUAACAUUGUUGAUACACUUAUGCGGUGUCUACGUAUGAAAAAAGCUCCGGUCAAAUGAGUAUGGUGUUACCUAUCCAAAUAAUGUCACCUAUUAAAAAUGCAGAAUAUAUUAAGAAGGAUUUAGACGCAUUGAAUACCUCUUCUACAGGGCAGUCGUUCAUCGAGACAUCCUCGCCUUCGUCAAUACAACCUGUGCUUGUUAGAACCCAUAAUCCACUUGUUAUUGAGGGCAUCAAUACUAAGCAGGAACCGACCGAUCAGGAAAACAUAUCUCCCCACGUUUCUAGUAUAGAUCACCAAAAUGUAACUUUACCAUUAGAGGAAUUGUCUGGUGCCCAAAUAGUACCAGAUGUCAUACCCACAUCCAAAGUGGAUUUGGCUAAAAUAAUUGUGACGGAAGCGUCAAUUACUACGCGGCAGCUUAUAAGCUUUAUCUUCGACCGUCAAACUCUUGCGACGCACACACUUAGUGGCAAACCUUCGCCAGCUUUUCUGAACCGUGAUCGCCCACUGAUAGCGUAAUAGACCCACUGAAUGGGGCUGAUGCAAUAUAUUAUCUUAAAUCCGAAACGCAAUCACAAUGAAAUGUGCCGAUACCGCCAAAGCCAUUAAAAGGAGGAGCUUAACCAAAGCUAAUGUAAAUAAAUUAUUGUAAUACCUUAGAUAUUUAUAUAUGAUACAAUAUAUUAUAUGUAAUUGCAGUUAUUUUAGUUGUAGUUGUUUAGUGAAUAAAAUAUUAAAAUUUCGAAAAAGAUAUGUGCUUGUAUUGCUUCUUAGUAGGGGGAUUUAUUAUCGGUCGAGUCGAAAGAAAAAAUUUGAAACGAUGUAUAACGAAUCGAGAUAAUUGAAGAAAUGUGUCUUCCUAUUGGCAUUGCUCCCCCCAACCUGGUAAUACUAAUUUAUACUUAAAGUUUCGCCAGUGGUCGAAAUUCGACCAAUAGAAAUUAUAAUUAAUUCACAAUGUUAAUAGUAUUUAAAUUACAUUGUAGAAUUUGAAUAAAAUCUAAAGAAAGUUGUAGAAAAAAAAA